AUGGGUACGAGAAAGGUCCUUGUAAUAUUGGACAAUGUUUGGACACAACUAAAUCUGUGGGAAAUAGGAAUUCCAAUUUCCCGUGAUCCAAAAUGUUGUAAACUUCUAGUAUCAUCACGGAACCAAGAUAUCUUCAAAGAGAUGAAAACCAAAAGGAAUUUCCUCAUUGGUGGUUUGUCAAAACAUGAUGCUUGGAGUUUGUUUAAGAAGGUAGCAGGAGGGUCCAUUGAAAUUGAUCUCGAGCUGCGUCCUAUAGCAGAACAGGUGCUGGCUGAAUGUGGUGGGUUACCAGUUGCAAUUUCUACGGUUGGAGGGGCACUACAAGGUGAAAGCAUUCCAAAAUGGAGAAAUGCACUUAGACAACUAAGAAAGGCUUGCCCAAAAGAUGUUCCAGGAGUUAUAGAGCGUGUGUACGGAAAAAUAGAGUUCAGUUAUGAAUGUCUACCAAGCGAGGAAGCCAAAUCAUGUUUUUUGCUGUGUUGCAUAUUUCCAGAAAGUGAAGAGUUUCCAAUUGAAUUCUUGGUUAUGUUUGCGAUUGGUCUUGGACUUUUUAAAGACAUUGAUUCAAUAUCUGGAGCAAGGGAUUACGUAAUAACAGUGGUUGAAACACUCAAAUGUCGUUCUUUGUUGUUAGACGGCCAUGAGAAAGAUUGGUUUAGAAUGCAUGAUGUGGUGCGUGACGUAGCCGUGUAUAUAGCCUCCAAAGAGUUAGCACAAAAGAAGAGUGAUAAGCUUGAAAGGAGAUAUAUGGAAAGAGGAGGAGUGGAAUUGAACGAUUGGCUCAAGAGCAGUUCACUGAGAGCCGAUAUGAGUACUACUGAGCUUUUAGUGUUGGUACCCACAGAUGAAAUUGAACUGGAGCUGCCAGCCACAAUUUUCGAUGGAAUGGAAAAUCUCAAGGUUUUAAUGAUCGAGUGUUCAAUCCUCCCAUCCCUUUCACUUCUGAAGAAUCUUCAAACACUCAUUCUAGUGGAUUGCUGUCGCAAUAUUGAUGUCAUUGGAGAGCUACGGUCACUCAUGAUACUCUAUUUCCUUGAAUGUGACGACGUCAAACAGUUGCCUGAUACAUUCAAAAAUUUAUCUAAUCUGAGGUUGUUAAACUUGACAGGAUGUACAGAGCUUAAAGUAAUCUCACCAGGUGUUAUAUCGAGUUUAUCUCGUCUAGAAGAAUUGUACAUGUGGGAUAGCUUUGAAGAUUGGGUGGUUGAGAAACUGGGCUCGACAGAAACAUUCAAUUGGAUCUCUCAAUUGGAGGUUGAUGCCCAACCAGAAGAAGCAUCAGACGAAUCAGAAGAAUCUGAGGUUGAUGUCGACAUAUGGAAGAAAUUCAACAGGUUGGCGGUUGAGAAACUAGCCUCAACAGAAACAACAACUGAUCAGGUCUCUCAACGGGAGGAGGAUGAGGAAAGAAGUGAACCAGAGGAACUCGACAGCCUUGGAGAUCUGUUCGCAGAGUAUGUUGAAGAUUUAGAAAACUACGACCAUCGGGCCAACUCUAUGGACUGGAGAGUUGGAUUACUUUCAGAGCUACUUUCCUUGACCCAUUUGACUACUUUAGAAGUGGUUUUACCACCAAUUGAGAUUCUGCGAACCAGCAAGCUAUUUCAUAAGCUUGAAAGAUUUAAGAUCUCUAUUGGAUGGGAUGAGCAUGAGGACUUGGAGGACUUAGAGGGUAACUACUUGAGAGUACAUGAUCUUGAUGCAAGCUCUCUUGCGGAUACUGGACUCAGUUUGUUGUUAAAGAAAACUAACAAGCUCGAGUUGAAAAUGAAGAAUUUGACUGACCCUCUCAAUGUCUUAGAUGUAAACUGCUGUGCAAACUUGGAGUCACUUACCCUCAAAGACUGUGAUUCUCUAGAAUAUCUGAUUGACAUGACUCUUAAGCAAGAUACUCCACGAAGCGUCUUUCUUGUCUUGAAUUAUCUGGAAAUCGAUGGAGCAAGACGGCUGAAAGAGAUUUUUCAUGGUGACCUGCCACUGGGAUCGCUUCAGAAACUAGAAAGGCUAACUUUACAGAAUCUACCUGCAUUGACGACUAUUUGGACUAUUGGAAGCCAAUCUAGAUGGUUGGGAGAUCUGGCAGCUGUCCAUUGCAUAUCAAUACGGGAUUGCCAGUCAUUGGAAGCAAUUUUUGCCUUGCGAGGAUCGGAACAUCAUGUCAAAGAGAUCAACUUCCUUAGUUUGACACGGUUGGAACUUAUAGGUCUCCCGAGCUUCACUGGAAUGAGCAGAAGUACUUGUAAGGGGAUGGAAAGGCAACUGGAAGGCAGCAGUCUCUAUCCCAAUAGUUUGGCCGUUGAACAUUCACUUUUCUCUGACCCCAAGGUAUUUUUCCUUUUAGAAAAGUUGUACUUUGUCACAUCUUUGGAAGUAAAUUUCCAUCUUUUACUUUUUCAAAUUACUAAUUACAAUUUGACUAUCUACUACUAA